AUGCUGCAGGUUUUUCACACUGCAAAUACAACAAAAUAUUGUGGAGUGAACACAAAGAUUGCAUGCAUUGUCCUCGGAACGAUUGUCACAGCUCUGGAGAUCUACUGCUUCAUUUUUCUACCUCUCAUUCCAGGGAUCUCACUUAUCUGCGUAGCAGCUAUUGUCUACAUUGUGCUUAUUUUAACUAUUGUAAAAAUGUUAAGAGCACUCCUUAUCCUAUUCAUGAUAUUUAAUAUGAUUUUAAAAAUUCCUGUAUUAAUCGUGACGAUUUAUGUCGCGUCCAGUAUAUACUCUUAUAAAGGACGCAACAACUGUGGUGAUUAUCAGUGCAGUCUCCGCGAUUUGCCCUUCGGCUUUCUUCUAUCUGGACUUAUUGCUGCGCUACUUUGUGCUAUAAUUGACGGAAUUCUGACAGCAGCUCUUCGGAGAUUCCGAUUGCUGCUCAGCGGUGUGAGCUCUGUAAUGCUUGCUCGAGAGGAUCGCCAUCAUCCUCGAACUGUCGUUGCCACAGCCCCUCAGCAGUUCGUCUACACUACUUCAUCGGCCAAUGUUGAGUAUAUACCUGCGAACGACAAGACGAUACCUGUGGAUCCCACGCAGCAACCGCGAUUCGCUUAUCAUGAAACCGAAAUUCCACAACCACAACCGUAUCUGAAUCCGUCCGCGCCGCCACCAUAUCCAAAUCCAUCAGCGCCACAACUGUACUCAUAUCCGUCAGCGCCGCAACCCCCACCUGAGUACAAACUGUAA